AUGAGCUGUAAUAACCGGAGCUUCUUGGGUGACCUCCCUGAAGACUUCAUCCUGCUGGGUGUUUCUGACAGGCCGUGGCUGGAACUCCCUCUCUUUGUGGUCCUCCUGGUGUCCUACAUUCUGGCCAUGGUGGGGAACCUCUCCAUCAUCCUGGUGUGCCGGCUGGACCCCCAGCUCCACAGCCCCAUGUACGUGUUCCUCGGCCACCUGUCCUUCCUGGACCUCUGCUACACCACCACCACAGUGCCGCAGAUGCUGGCCAACAUGGGCAGCUCCAGGAAGACCAUCAGCUAUGGCGGCUGCACAGUGCAGUACGCGGUUUUCCACUGGCUGGGAUGUACUGAGUGCGUUGUCUUGGCGGCCAUGGCCCUGGACCGCUACGUGGCCAUCUGUGAGCCCCUUCGGUAUGCUGUUAUUAUGAACCGCCCCCUGUGCCAGCAUCUCGUGGCUACAGCCUGGCUCAGUGGUUUCGGCAACUCCCUCGUCCAGGUUGCCCUGACAGUGCAGCUGCCUUUCUGUGGGCGGCAGGUACUGAACAACUUUUUUUGCGAGGUGCCGGCCAUGAUCAAGCUGUCAUGUGCUGACACAGCUGUUAACGAUGCCACGCUGGCUGUGCUGGUGGCCUUCUUCGUGCUGAUCCCUCUGGCUCUCAUCCUACUGUCCUAUGGCUUUAUCGCCCGUGCAGUGGUCAGAAUUCAGUCCUCCAAGGGGCGGCGCAAGGCCUUUGGAACCUGCUCCUCCCACCUGGUGGUAGUCUCCCUCUUCUACCUGCCAGCCAUCUACAUGUACCUGCAGCCCCCUUCCAGCUACUCCCAAGAGCAGGGCAAAUUUAUCUCCCUUUUCUAUUCCAUAAUCACCCCCACCCUCAAUCCUUUUAUCUACACCCUGAGGAAUAAGGACGUGAAGGGAGCCCUGAGAAGAUUUCUGGCAAGGGUCUGCAGACUCUGAAGAUGAUGAAGAUCUGAGACGUAGCUAUCGCUGUUGACUAAAGUGCUCUGGGAACGUGUGUUGUGUGCUCAGAGCACUGUCCAUGUAAGGAGUUAAUAACCAAACAGUACGGACUUUGAGAGAUUUGGGAGACUCAAAAAUCCCAUCCUGGGCCAGUUCCAAAGCAGGUUGAGCCCUGUGCAUAGGGGAUUGAGUCCCACAUGGCUACCCAAGUUUAAG